AUGGACGCCGCCGUCCUCGAUAUCGGAACCCAUGGCCGAAACCCUAGCCCCGCGCCAUCUCUCUGUCAGUCCGCCCCCUCAACACUUUCUACGAGUUCGAUGAAUAAGGGAUGAAAAGGGCCGGUUUUAUGCCUUAGAUCUGGGCGGCACAAACUUCCGUGUCAUGCGGGUUCAGCUCGGAGGAAAAGGGAAAGGGAUUGUCAAUAGAGAAUUUCAAGAAGUCUCGAUUCCUCCACACUUGAUGGCCGGAUCAUCCUCUGAUUCACUGUUUGAUUUCAUUGCCACUACGCUCGCGGCAUUUGUCCAAAAAGAAGAAGAAGGUGAUGAAUUUCACCUCCCGCUGGGGAGACAAAGGGAGUUGGGCUUCACCUUCUCGUUCCCAAUCAGGCAAACCUCGAUUGCGUCGGGAACACUUAUCAAAUGGACCAAGGGUUUCUCCAUAGAAGAAACGGUUGGACUAGACGUUGUAGAGGAGUUGAGGAAAGGCAUGGAAAGAGCUGGCCUUGAUAUUCGUGUUGCUGCAUUGGUAAAUGAUACGGUAGGAACAUUAGCAGGAGGGCGAUAUAGCAACCCUGAUGUCAUUGCUGCAGUCAUAUUAGGUACGGGUACAAAUGCUGCGUAUGUUGAGCGGGCAAAUGCAAUACCAAAGUGGAAGGGUUCACUUCCUAAAUCUGGAGAAAUGGUUAUCAACAUGGAAUGGGGCAAUUUCCGAACUUCGCAUCUUCCACUCUCAGACUACGAUCAUUUGCUUGAUAUUGAGAGUCUGAACCCCGGAGAACAGUUAUUUGAGAAGCUGGUUUCUGGCAUGUAUCUUGGAGAGAUUGUCCGAAGAGUGUUGUUGAGAUUGGCUGAAGAAGCUAACUUGUUCGGCGACACGGUCCCACCAAAGCUCAGGAUUCCAUUCAUUUUAAAGACUCCGGACAUGUCUGCAAUGCAUGAGGACACAUCUGCUGAUCUCAAUGUGGUCGGCGACAAACUUAAGGACGUUUUCGAGGUCCCCAACUCUUCCCUAAGAACAAGGGAAGUAGUCGUGGAGGUGUGUGACGUGAUCGCGACCCGUGGGGCCCGCCUCUCGGCAGCCGGAAUAGCUGGCAUACUCAAGAAGUUGGGAAGAGACGCCGCAAAGGCGGGAGAUGAGGAGGGGAAGAAGUCGGUGGUGGCGGUGGACGGAGGACUGUUUGAGCACUACAACAAGUUCAGAAGUUGCAUGGAAGGCGCUCUCAAGGAGUUGCUCGGGGAGGCGUAUUCGAGCCUCGUGAUCGAGCUCGCAAACGAUGGCUCGGGUGUCGGAGCUGCGCUUGUGGCCGCCUCUCAUUCGCAAUACGUUGAAUCGACUGUGGCGCAAUAGGUUUUGCAGUCUGUUCUCUUUGGUCUUCCCUUAGGUUGAUUUUUUGUUGAACUUUGUGGUUAGAUAGUUGUGUGCACAAAAGAUCCACAGCUCAAUGGUUGUAUUUAGUGUAAUUUUUGUACUCUUAUAUCGCAAUAUCUUUUUUAAAUUUCAGAGAAUAUGAACAUGUACUCCAUAAUACAUUCUAACACAGUCA